UUCUUAAUUAUAUUCUCAGGGUGGUCACAACAUUCCUCAAACCUUCAAACGUGAGAUUUUGAAAAAAGCUGGUCAAAUAAUGAGAGAUUUUAAAAGUGAACUCACUACCGAGUACAUCAAACCUUUGGCUGAAAUGGGUAUGAUGGAAGAACUCAAAUUUCCCCCAAAGAGGUAUAGCGAUAUAAUUGACGAGAGAGAAUGGUUACAAUUUGUAACUAGUCGUCUAAGUCCAGAGUUUCAAAUAGUGCAUCAAGAACAAAAAAACCGUGCAUUACUAAUGAAGUCAAGGCAUCGAACCUCUCGUAGAGGAAUGGCUAAUAUAAGAGAAGAUUUGAAAAAAGAACGAAAUAUUCAAAAUCCAGAGAGGUAUCAAGUUUGGCUUAGAUCGCGUGAAAAAAAUAAAGUUCUUGUGACAGAGCUAGACCGACAAAUUGCCGAAAAGAUAGAGGACGUCAAAGAAAAAGUGAUUCGUGGUGAAAUUACAGCUCAGGGUCGAGAUGACAUCUUGACUCAAGCAUUAGGGACACCAGAACACCCAGGUCGUGUUCGAGCUGGCGGGUUCACUGCGACCGUUUCCAAAAUGUUUGGAAAAAAACAUAAAACAAUGACUGCAAGAGAGGAGAUUGCUCGACUAAAAGCUGAGAUUGAAGAGCUAAAAAGACAUAAAUUUAGCACAGAAGAGGAAUUAGCUCAAAAUGAAGAAUAUAAUGAGGAAAACGAUGAGUGUGGAUACAACGAUGAAGGGCAAUUUGAUGAGGGACAAUAUUAUGAGAAUACAAGUGAUGAAGUCUAUCGACCUGCCCCCAACGCAGAUGAUCAUUUUCAUCAAACCGAAGACUAUCCUUUUGAUGAAGAUGAUGGAUCAUCAAUUUAUGAGUCUCCGCCACCACCGACCUAUGAAGUUUAUUUGUGUUCUGAUAAUAUUGACAAUGUGGUGGCUAAAGGUGUACUCAUUGUACCAAACAUGGGUAGCCAAAUUACCGUCCAUGGAAAUGUACUUGAUGAUUCAGUUGCGAGGGUUUGGCUUAUAGAUGUCUUACAAGAAGAAGCUGAGAUCCCUAUUCCCUUUGGUAACGUACGAUAUGUUGGGGAUGCACGAGACACAUUCUUGCCUUGGCCUAAAAAUUUAAUUGUGGCUUGUCAGUUUGGUAGGUUUUUAGACCUGAAUGACAUAGGGGAUCGAAUUCAUGCUUUCGCACUAGGGGAGUUAAGUCAUGCCUGUUCUUUAGAUCAGGGUGAUCCUGAGAUGUCUAACCCUGUGGAAAAAAUGAAGGAAAUGAUCGAGGUCAGGGCAGCCGCAGCCAAGGCUUCGGCGAAGAGGGUCGUCAAAGGCUCAGCCAAGAAGAAAGUCAUAGAGUUGAUCCUUGGGGACUCAAAGCCAGUCUAG